AUCCUUAGGCAGGGACCAACUCAAUUUCGAAUUUCUAUAUUGGGACAAUAUGAACGACCUACAACUCGAGAGAUGGGGAAAGAGGCUUGAAAUUCCAGUGUUGGAUGUGAGGAAACAGUCAAAGGUCGGCAGCGGCGAACGGAGCGAACCGGCGCCCACUUGCUAAACAUCCCACCAAUAGCGCCUGCUUUGCUUGCUGACCACGACUCGACAACCAACUUUCUUCUCUUCAAAGAACAUAAUCACAACACCGUGGCUGUCGCUGUCGUUGUCUUGGUUCGGGAUCUGAACGGACGGCAUAAGGUGAUAUCAGCGAGAUGGCCCUGUUAGGUUGGUCACUCAUACUGGCUUCUGUCGUUUACAUCGCCAUCCGAAGGCCGCCCCUCAUCGACACCCUCAUAACCCUGUGUUGGCCGUCUCCCAACAUACAAUAUCCGCCUCCGAGAGAGGGCGAGGAAAAAGACGAGGUCGCCGAGCAGAGUCUUAGUUCUACAUCGAAAACACCGAGCUCGCCGUCACCAGAGGUGGAGAACGCAGUUCCUAAACUUGCCGAUACCAACCCUACGAUUCCAGUAUUCAACAUCGCAUCCUCACCCUCCUCAACCCCGUCGUCAUCGCCCCAGACAACUCCAAAAGUCAGAGCCGCGACGGUCACAGAACACGGCAAAGAGAACGCAAACGGAUCCAUUCCCUCCUUCUCGCUCUCGUCUACCCCAAUCGAACCCCCAGCCUCAGCAGCCGCACUCGCGCGCGCAUCCUCAAAUCCACCAACACCAAGAUUCUCCUCGCCAUCCUCAAUAACACCGCCACCGACAAUGUCAAUGCCUCCUCCGCCCCGCCCUCCAAAACUCAACGACGUCAGCGCUCCCAGCUCUUCUCUCCUAGGCGUCCCACAAAGCCGCCCUUCACCCCUCCCAAACCGCAGCAACCAGCAAUACGACCGACAACCAGGCACAUCCACACUCGCGCCGCCCCCAACUCACAGCAGCAAGCCCAGCAAGCCCUCGCGCAAAGUAACGCUAGAGCCAGGCCACUCACCGCUAGACUGGGCCCGUCUCGCAAACAACCCGACCGCCGAUCUCCGCGGUCUAGGAAGUCCGAACGCGCCCUACCUGCGCGUGACGCCGAGCAUGCUCCGGCGCCAAACGGGUCGUCGCGGCAAGGACGCCUGGACAGCUCUCGGCGGCCGCGUGUACAACAUGACGCCGUACCUCCCGUUCCACCCAGGCGGCGAGCCAGAACUCCUCCGCGCCGCGGGACGCGAUGGCACGAAGCUUUUCGGGGAGAUCCACCCUUGGGUGAAUUACGAGACGAUGCUGAGUAGUUGUCUCGUGGGUCUCAUGGUUGAGGAAGGCGAGGCGCAGAGCGCGGGGGAUAUGGAGGCUAUGGAUUGAUUGAACGGAUUAGCUAGCCAGCUAAGCUAUUGGAGCAAUUUCUCCCUCCCUCCCUCUCUCUUCCAAAAAAAAAACCCUUUUUUUCGGGGAAUAAUUAGAUUAGAUAAGAAAGAUUGAUACCCGUCUCACGUAGAAAGAAAGAAAACGUCGCGGAGCCAUUAGAUAAAGACGGCAUGGCAUGCCAUAUAGGAGUAUUAGAUAUUACGCGCCGCGAGAACCAGACAGGUAUUCAGUAUAGCAUUGCAUAACAUACAGACAGGGGCAUUCAGAAAGGGAGCUUGGUUUGUCAUGAGCUAUAUAAU